UGGCUCUCCAGGCAGGCGGUGCCAAAGAGCCGCCUUCCUUAAGCAGAUCCGUUGCUUGCCUUCCCUUUGAGUGCUGCCGGCAAAACUACACUUCAACCAUCGCGCCAGAUGGCGUCCUUCAAACAGGUAAGAUCACGUGCAGCACGCCACGCAAAGCAGCCAUCGGUGCAGUCAGUGCUGUUGUCUUUAUCUACUUGGUGUGGCAGAUCAAGUUCUUUGUUGAGUCCAAGGGCGUCCGCGGGCUGCUCGAGAAGGAUGAGUUCCUGCGGUCCUAUCGGCAGCUGCUGGACGGUGGCCGUACGGUCCACUCAUACGACAGGAAGUUCGGCGAGCUGAAUGCACUCGUGAGGACCAACUCGGCAAGCCCCAAGGUGGCUGUCUGUGUGCUCCAUGGAUUCGGCGCCAACAUGGUGAGUCACACACAAACAAGGGUGGCUCUGCAUUGAUCUGUCUGUCUGUCUGCCUGUCUAUUGCUGUGUGCGUGUGUGUAUGCGUGCAGGAGAACCUCUCGCCCUUCUCAGGUCUGCAAAAUAAAUGGAUGGCGACGUGGUGGCCGGGAGUGCUGCUGCACUGAUCUGUGCGUUGUCAUUUGUUAGAUCAGACGUGUGCGAGAGGGUGAUUGGCGCGUCGGCUGAAUGGGUGAGUCGCACUAUCACACACACACGCACACACAGGGUCCAAUCGUGUGUGGUGUCCACACACAACACAGGUGUGCAUCAUCCCCAAUGGUGGGCUUGAUCUGGGUGGCGGCAGCAGGGCCUGGUGGAUGAUCGACCUACAGCGGCUGCAGGCCAAGAUCAUGAACCUCCAGUUCUCAGAGAUCACAAAAGACGUCCCGGCCGGUGAGCCAACAAACAGAUGGGUGAAAGAGUUACCUUUUUGUAUCGGCCGGUCUCUGUGUGUGUGUGUGUGUGUGUAUCUGGUUAUAGGGCUUGACGUUGCCAGGAGUCGGGUGCUUGAUCUGAUGCAGGAGGCGUCAACGGCCUACUCGCUGCCGCCCGAUGCAUGGUCCGUGUGUGGAUUCUCACAGGGUACGUCACCCAGACAGACCGACUGAACACACACACACAAAUGUGUAUGCGACCAGCAGGUGGCAUGCUUACUGGUGACCUGCUCGUCCACAUGGAGCCGCCGCCAAAUGUAGCCGGUAGCUACAAACACACUCACAGCACAUGUGGGUUUCAUGCUGCCGUCUGGUCAUGGUGCAGGUCUGUUCUCCGCGGCCCUCAUCUGCGAGGAUCUGUGGACAGAGCAGAUCAGCAAGAAGCCGCUCGAGGCGCGGGAGAGGCUCAAGAAGUGUGCCAUCGUGCAGUCACACGGGACCACAGACAUGGUAGGUAUGGUCGCCACACGUAUGCCGGCACACACAAGUGUCGUGUCUAGGAUGUGUAUUCAUGUAUCUGUAUGUCUUCGUGUGUGUGUGUGUGUGUGUGUGUAGGUGGUGCCGGUUAUCGCAGGUCAUUGGAUGAGAGACUACUGGCAGAAACAGGGGCUGAAAGUCGGUACGUGAGAGGGAGGCAGGAAAAGGGAGACACUCUGACACACGCACCCCGUCGAUGCCUCAUCUCUCGAUGCUCGUGUGUGUUUGAGCAGACUUCGACCAGUUCAACGGUCCACAUGCAGUGGGUCCAGGGGCGGUGGACAAGUUCUUUGCCAAGGUGCUCGAGGCAGACAGGGCAAAGACACGAUGAGCAGACGGGUUAAUGAUCGACAGAAUUGGCGGCAGCGGAGGGCUGCCUGGGCCUGGUGGCCGUGUGUAUACGGACGGAGAGGGCGCGUUUUGCCUGUGGGUGGCCUUUCCUGUGUUUGUGUGGCUCUCUAUCGCUCAUGACUUGACUAACUGAAUUGACUGCGUGUGACCACACGACCGUCUUAUGUGUGAGAUGCAUGGUUUCAUCGAUACUUGACCGCAUGACAUAUGGAUGAUCGAACAGUGAUCGUCUGUGGACACACGCAGCAACAUAAACGCCGUGAGAGUGGGG